CGUCAGUAGCGUGGUUUUCGUCGUGCGAGCGUGUCGUGUGCCAUAUUUCGCGCGAAACGUGUUUUUGUUACCGGCGUCGCGUUGAAAUUAAUAAUAUUGAAAUUUAUUAUACUAAUUUAAUAACACGUUAUAAUAAUAUUACGCGAGUGUGUGGUGAAGUUAAUUAUUAAUUAAUUUACUAAUUUAACGUAUAAUCUACCUACGGCCGGAGUUUUUCAAGUGAAUAGUUUCAAUAAUCACUAUGUGAUCGCGAUUCAUUUGUUUGAAAGUGUGUUCAGUGCAGUUACUACUUUACUUGGAGAAAAAUUCUACACGGAUUUUACGUAUACUUUCCUACAACGUAUGAAAAACAGACUGAUGCAUACAUGAUCAGGUUGGUUGAUGUUGAUUGCGUACUUCUGGAUUCACCUACCUAUAUCUGUGGACUAUCAGCUUGUGAUCAACGGAGAAAAACGGAGGUCAACACAAGAAAAAACUUCAAAAACAAUAAUGUAAGGUUGAAUAGCGCAGGCACGCCGAGGCUGAUAUAUAACGGAAUGAGGUGAUAACGAGGGCUGGACAAGAGUCAGCGAGGAAGUCGGGAAAAAAUAUGGAAAUACGAUGGUUUUCUGCGACGAGAAAAUGGCAGUUCGUAUGGAUAAUCGUUUGGCUGGCGUCGUUAUAUGGUUACAAUGGUGCAGCAGCGGCGUCUACGGCUACUGGUAGAAUAUCACCGAACACGUUACGAUUCACUAAACGCGCCUACAAUGUCUCGAUACCGGAAAACUCGCCCAGCAAGACUUACGUACGAGUGGAGGAAAAAAUGGGCAUCUUUUGCGGAGAUCCUGAAUUGGAAGUACGAUAUAAGAUAGAACACGGUAAUAAAGAUGGGUUCUUCAAGGCGGACGAACGUCAAGUGGGUGAUUUUUGGUUCUUGCUGAUACGAACGCGAACUGGUAAUUACGAUGUGUUGAAUCGCGAACGAAAAGAUCAAUAUGCUUUGACCAUCAAGGCCACCAUCAAUCAUGCCAAGAACAGGACGUUUGCUGCCGAAACCAAAGCUGUGGUACAUGUCAGCGUGCUCGAUACGAAUGAUUUAAGCCCGUUAUUUUUACAAACCGAAUACGAGACGACUGUUACCGAAGAUACCCCGUUGUAUAGCAGUAUUCUGAAUGUAAUGGCCGAAGAUGCCGAUCUUGGCAUCAACGGUGAAAUCUAUUACAGCUUUUUAGGCAGUAACGAGCAAUUUUCUAUUCAUCCUACUACCGGUGUUAUUAGUCUGACCAAACCGCUCAAGUAUACUGAUAAAUCGCUGCACGAGUUAACAGUCAUAGCAAAAGAUCGAGGCGUUGUGAUGAAAGGUACAGGUAAACCAAACUCGGCCAUAGUGAAGAUCCAUGUCAAACAAGUCAAUCUAUACGGUCCUGAAAUAUACGUGCAACACUUACCAGGAAUCAUCGAACAAUCCAACGCUGAUAUUUACGCAAUUGUUAGACUACAAGAUCGAGAUUCCGGUAUCCACGGCGAGAUAGAUAAGUUAGAGAUUGUCGAUGGUGAUCCGGAAGGACAUUUCAGAAUCAGACCCAGCGUGAAAGAUGGCAGCAUCAAGAAGAACGAGUAUAAUAUCGAAGUUUUAAGACUGUUGGACAGGGAACUGGCUCCGCAAGGCUAUAAUCUAACUUUACGAGCUACAGAUAAGGGCAUUCCUCAGAGAGAAACGUUCAAAUCGAUUACUGUUCAGUUGACCGAUCUGAAUGAUAACGCUCCGGUAUUUGAUCGAGAAGAGUACGAGGUGAAUAUACCAGAAACAGCGCCGAUAAAUUCACCAGUCGUUAGAGUCAAAGUUACCGAUGCCGAUGAAGGUAAAAAUGCAGAAGUCAGGUUGGAGAUUGUCGGAGGCAAUGAAGGCAAAGUGUUCAGGAUAAAUUCCGAUACUGGAAUGUUGUAUACUGCUGUGCAGUUGGAUGCAGAAGUUAGACCUUACUACACAUUGACUGUGAAUGCGCUAGAUCAAGGAAACGUUGGUACUCGAAAGCAAACUGCAGCCAAGAUCAAAAUCAACGUUGUCGAUACCAACGAUAACGAUCCGUUGUUUGAUAAAAGCGAAGACGAAGUGACGGUGAAUGAAAACGAACCAGCUGGAACUGUUGUUACCAAAGUCUUGGCUAAAGAUAAAGAUUCCGGUGAGAAUUCGUACAUAUCUUAUAGCAUAGCUAAUCUAAAUCCGGUGCCAUUCGAGAUCGAUCACUUUGCCGGUAUCAUUAAGACGACUCAAGUGUUAGAUUUCGAAUCUAUGCGUCGAAAAUAUACUUUAAAAAUCAGAGCUUCCGAUUGGGGUCAACCCUACCGCAGACAGACUGAAAUGCAACUAAGGAUCAAUCUAAAAGAUGUUAACGACAAUCGACCCCAGUUCGAGAAAGUAGACUGUGUUGGCCACGUGCCCAGGAACAUCCCUAUUGGCAAAGAGAUCCUGACAUUAUCAGCAAUAGAUUUCGAUUUAGCUAAUUACAUCAGCUAUCGAAUAGUUUCUGGAAACGAAGACUCGUGUUUUACUUUGGAUAGCAAUAUUGGCACGAUCUCAGUUACUUGCGACUUGAACGAUAUACCAGGCAAUGAACGUGAAUUGAACGUGACUGCUACCGAUGGCAGCCAUUUUAGCGAUACUGCUCGUAUCAGGAUCAACUUGGUGAACGCGAAGAGGUUUGUCGAAGGCAAACCAAUCGUUGAAGAUCGAGCUGUGUUCGAUUGCAGAGAUACAGGAGUCACCAAGAGGUUCACCGAGUUGACAGCGUUGUCGGAGAAAAACAAUUUGCCUGUUUCGAUCAAGGAAGAGUUCGCCAUGAUGCCCAGCAGAUAUGGUGAAAACGUGCAUACUCCAGAAUUCAUUAGCUUUCCGACUGAAAUACGUGUCAACGAGUCGUUACCAUUGGGUUAUAUAUUAACUGUGAUUAAAGGACGUGAUCGAGAUCUGGGCUAUAAUGGUAAAUUAAUUUACGGUAUAUCUUCGGGAGAUGACGACUCGGCAUUCAGAAUCGAUCCGGAUAAUGGUGAAUUGAAACUAAUAGGAUAUUUGGAUCGAGAAAGAAGACAGAAAUACGACCUGAACGUAACCGUUUACGAUCUAGGCAAACCGCAAAAAUCAGUUUCACGUACUUUUUCCAUCGUUGUGCUAGAUGUGAACGAUAACCCUCCCAAAUUCGAGAAAAAUUUAGUCAAUCUUCGAGUCCUCGAGAAUAUCGAGAAUGGUACGAUUAUUCAUAGAUUCAACGCAACCGAUAUCGACGAAGGUGAUAAUGCCAAAGUAACCUAUUCGAUUGUCUACGAUGCUCGAGAAUUCGCCGUCGAUCCGGUAACAGGAGUUUUAUACGUGGCAGCUCCUUUGGAUAGAGAAAAACAAAGCUUUUACGAACUGAUAUUACGUGCCUCGGAUGGCGCCAAUGAUCUAAUGUCUUUACAUUCCGAUGCCCUAGUCAGGAUAACCAUCGAUGACGUAAACGAUAACUCGCCCAAUUUCUCGUUACCUCGUUACACAGUCAGAGCUCGAGAAGAUAUUCCUGUCGGUACAGUGAUCGCUAUUCUAACAGCUACUGAUCCUGAUCUAGAUCUAGGUGGUAAAGUCAAGUAUCACAUCAUAGGUGAAGAAGCAGAGAACGUUUUUAGCAUCGAUAGCACCACUGGUACGGUUCGUCUGCGUAAUUCUUUGGAUUUCGAAGAACGCCAAGUGCAUACGAUGAUUGUGGAUGCUCGCGAUCGUGGCAGUCCUACGAUGAGUUCGAUAGCAACGUUGGUCGUGGAGGUGAUCGAUGUGAACGAAAAUUUAUACGCGCCCGUGUUCGAUGAUUUCGUCGUGUCGUGUUCGGUGGCCGAGAAUCAGCCGGCUGGUACAUUUGUGACUCAGGUCAGGGCUACAGAUGCUGAUUCCAAAGGAGAUGAUUCGAGGAUUGGUUAUACGAUCAGAGAAGGCGACGGAUUGGGAUAUUUUUCCAUUGAUAACGAAGGAAAUAUUCGAACGUUGACGACUCUGGAUGCUGAAACGAAAACGAGUUAUUGGCUGAUGAUAUUUGCUCAAGAUCAUGGCGUUGUUCCCCUGCAUUCUAUUUUACAUGUGUAUAUCGAAAUUAUUAAUGUGAACGAUAAUGUACCUUUAACAACGGAUCCAGUUUAUUAUCCUCACGUGACCGAAUGGACAUCUGCUCACAGUACAGUAAUAGAUUUAGUAGCCGAAGAUAAAGACCUCGAGAAGAAUAAAACAAUCACUUAUCGAAUCUCUGGAGGGAAUACAGAUAACUUAUUUUCAAUCGAUUCUGUAACAGGCUUAAUUGAAACAACUGGUCGUAAAUUGGAUAGAGAAACGCAAGCUGAGCAUAUUUUGGAGGUAACAAUCAGCGACAAUGGAUCUCCUUCGGCAUUAACAUCAACUACCAAAGUUGUCGUUACCAUUGAUGAUACGAACGAUAAUGCUCCUGUAUUUGAUAAACCUCUGUACUCGUUCAAGAUACCGGAAACGAAGCUACGAGAAUUGGCCGUACAGCAGAAUAUCAGCACAGAAAGCGAACAGAAUUCUGAUGCGUAUUCCGAAUGGGAAAGUUUCAACGCGGCUAAUAUCACAGGCGAAGCGUUAUUUAGGGUUGUGGCCGUUGAUAAUGAUGCAAAUGAAAACGCUGUUUUACAUUAUAGUAUUAGCGGUGGCCGGAACAGAUUUAGUAUUCAUCCUCAUACGGGUACCGUGUAUUCAGACUGGUCAUUUGCCGCAGGAGAAGAAUACCUCGUACAGAUUCGCGCAACAGAUGGCGGAAUUCCUAGUAAAAGUAGCUCGGUUCGAGUAAACGUAGUCGUAAUGCCUGUGCCAGACGACUCGAUUCAUCCACCCGUCAUCAAGCAGCCCGAUCAACAAGUCGACGUUACGGAAAGCGAUUCGGUGUAUUUUUUGGUAGCUCUUGUCACCGCUACGGACGAGGAUAGUAGUCAUUUAUGGUAUAAAAUCGAAGAUGGAGAUCCUAGAGCAGAAUUUAUGAUCGGUGAAUCAGGCAAUGUGGUAUUAGCGAAGCAAUUGAAUUACGAAGUGCAACGCAAGUACAAUUUAACCAUUAGUGUGACCGAUGGAGUUCAUACAGUGUUCACUCAUCUGUUUGUAAAUGUAGCCAGUAUUAAUAAAUACCGACCGGAAUUCAUUCGUAAAGUUUUCGUUGCCAAUGUAUCUGAGAAUACUCCGGUUGGAACGAAGAUACUACAGUUGAGUGCCACCGACAGAGAUUCUGACCAGAAUUUGUUCUAUAGUUUGCAUAAUGCGCAGAGUUUAGCUUCGUUGAAGAUAUUCAACUUAGAUUAUCAAACUGGCGCGUUGUCUAUCGCCGAAUCUUUGGAUAGGGAAAGCAUAGCUCAGCAUAUUUUGACCGUUAUGGUUAAAGACGAAGGAACGCCAUCGAAACGUAAUUACGCUCGAGUUGUAAUCGACGUUUUCGACGCCAAUGAUCACGCUCCCGAAUUCAGCGUCGGAAUUAUGCAGGGUAGAGUAUUCGAAACUGCUACGGUGGGCACAACCGUAGUCCAGGUUUUCGCUGUAGAUAAAGAUCACGGCGAUAACGCUGCAAUUAGUUACCAUAUCGCUUCUGGUAAUAUCGGAAACGCUUUUACCAUCGAUGAAACCUUAGGGACCAUUCAAGUAGCUAAAGAGUUGGACAUAAAUUCGAUGCAUUACGAGUAUUUGCUGAACGUAAAAGCGACGGAUAUGGGUAAACCGCCGUUGUCGUCUACUCUCACCGUUCACAUAAUGGUUGUAAUGGCGGAUAAUGCGCCACCGAGAUUCACUAAAGUGGAAGUAUCAUCGGAAAUGUUCGAAAACGAGCCGCCGGGAACGGUUGUUAAAUAUUUAGAAGCGAGGAGUACGUCGUCUUUGAUGUUCGAAAUAACAGACGGUAACGUAGACGAUAUGUUUGAAGUAAACCCAAGUACCGGAAUUGUUGUUACGAAGAGACCGCUCGAUUACGAAAAUAACAGGGUAUAUAAUUUAAGCAUCACUGCCACGAACAUGGCUGGAGCAAAAGCCAUGUGCUACGUUAUCGUUCAUGUACUGGAUCGUAACGAUAACGCUCCGGAAUUCGUCGAAAUCGAGUACAAAGGAUUCAUCAGCGAAGCAGCUCCCAUCGGAUCACUGGUCCUCACUGCCGAUAGUUUACCAUUAGUUUUAAAAGCUCGCGAUAACGACUCCGAACUCAAUGCUUUGCUGCAGUACGAGAUUGUCGAACCCACUUCCAAACGAAUGUUCCACGUGGUCUCGAAUACAGGAGCUAUUCGAACUGUUAUGAAUUUGGAUUACGAAGUUGUAUCCAAAGUAGAAUUCCAUGUCCGCGUUAGUGAUCUCGGUAAACCAAGACUGACCUCUGAAACUGUUGCUCUAGUUCGUAUAUCUGUGAUCGACGUCAACGACUGUCCGCCUGUGUUCUCUCAAAACGUAUAUAAUGCCACAGUCAUCACCCCUACAUAUAAUAAUAUCGCUGUCGUUCAGGUCAACGCCACUGACAGGGAUUCGAAAAAUUUAACCAAAUUAUCCUACGCUAUUGCCGACGGUAAUAACGGCAAUACCUAUUUGAUCGUUCCUGAAACUGGUUUAAUUACUGUACAAGAUCCUAUCGUUGGUUUUCGCACCAGUCCUCAUAAGCUGAAAGUCACCGUGACCGAUGGUCUAUUCACUAGCGAAUGUAUUGUCAACGUGAAAUGGGAAAAAAGCGAAGACUCCGGCUUGGUAUUCCAACGUUCCAUCUAUUACGGCGUGGUACAAGAAAACCAGACGAAAAUUACCACCGUAGUAGUGGUGAACGUGAUCGGAAGCGUUUUAAACGAAAACCUGGUAUUUUCCAUUUUAAACCCCACCAAUUAUUUCGUAAUUGGUAAAACAUCCGGGGUAAUUAGAACGACUGGUGUUCCCUUUGAUCGUGAAACUCAAGAAUAUCAUCAACUCAUCGUACAAGCGAGAAGUGAUGAUACUGAAAGAGGUAAUAGUCGAGUUGCGCAUGUACCUGUCAACAUCACCGUGCUCGAUGAAAACGAUAAUAGCCCGAUGUUUGUUAAUCUUCCUUAUUACGCGGUCGUCUCCGUCGAUGCUGAAAAAGGAGCUGUUAUCACGAGAGUCCAUGCUGUAGAUUUGGAUAAAGGUGAGAAUGGUGAAGUGCGGUAUGAACUGAUAAAAGGACACGGCGAAUUAUUCAGAGUGGAUCGAAAAACUGGCGAUGUCACGUUGAAACAAAUGCUAGAAGGACAUAACAAAGAAUACCAACUGAUAAUCGCGGCUUAUGACGGAGGAAUGACUCCUUGUUCUUCGGAAGUGACGGUGAAUUUGAAAGUAAUGGAUAAAUCGAUGCCUAUAUUCGACAGGCAAUUUUACUCGAUGUCUGUACCGGAAGAUAUCGAAAUACAUUCUCAUUUGCCAGUGUCAAUAAAAGCCGAAUCGCCUCUAUCUCGAAAAUUAAUUUAUAGCAUCUCAGCCGGCAAUCCAAUGGAGCAAUUCAACGUUGAUUUCAAUACCGCAUACGAUAGCGGUAAUGGCCCUUGCACUUUAUACGUUGCUGGAAAUUUAGAUUACGAGAAAGUGAAAGAAUACUCGUUAACGGCUCGAGCCACAGAUAGCCUGAGCGGGAUAUUUGCCGAAGUCUUGGUCAAUAUUUUGGUAACCGAUGUAAACGAUUGUCCACCGGAAUUUCUACAGGAUUCGUAUAACGUUAGUGUUUCCGAAGCUGCUCCUUUUGGAUCGUUUAUUUUGAAAGUUGCUGCUAAAGAUAACGAUACAGGGGUGAAUAGCGGUAUACGGUACUCGAUUCAAGACGAUAUUUAUAAUUCCAUCGAUAAUUUCCAUAUUGAUCCGGAGGAUGGAAGUAUUUAUCUGAAGAGAUCGCUGGAUCAUGAAACUCGUGCUUAUCAUCAUUUCACUGUUGUGGCUACGGAUAUGGGUCUUCCACCUUUGUCAUCUACUGCCCAUGUCUGGCUUACUGUUCUGGAUGUGAAUGAUAACGCUCCAAAAUUCGAACUAUCUUCGUAUAUGGGUUCACUAUGCGAAGACGCAGUGCGUGGUCAGUUCAUUAUUCUGAUGUCUGCUAGUGAUCCUGAUGAAGUUGAUCAAGAUCAUUUGAUUUAUAAUAUCGUUGGAGGCAAUCUGCUGCAGAAUUUCGCUUUAGAUUCAAAAACAGGCAUCAUUACGUUGAACAAUUUCCAAAAAUUGACCGAAUCAACAUUCCACACACUGAACGUGUCUGUCAGUGACGGCGUGUACACGAGCUUUUCACGAGUCCGUAUUGAUAUAGUCUCGUCUAAUCUGCACGCUCCGAUAUUUGAAAAACUGCAAUACGAAGUAAGAGUUUCGGAAAAUCAAGCUCCUGGCGUUCGAGUCCUUCAAGUCCGAGCUACUGAUGAAGAUCAAGGAAUUUACGGACGGAUUGGUUAUUCCUUUGUAUCUCAAGCUAUCUCGGAUAAAUUCCAUAUCAAUAAUGUUACCGGUGAAAUUAUGACGAAACAGAUGCUGGAUCGAGAAGAAAGCAAAAUUUUUGAAAUGAUUGUUUUAGCAACUGAUCCUGGUGGCUUGUCGGGUAUUACGAAUGUUCGAGUGAUCGUGACUGAUGUGAAUGAUAAUGCGCCUCAAUUCGUGCUAAAUGAAUAUAAGUCGUGUAUUCCGAGCAGCUUGGUUAUUAAUUCGUUCUUUUUGAAGGUCAAAGCCAUCGACAUAGACGAAGGACCGAACUCGCAGAUUGAGUAUUCAAUUUAUGAUACCAGUUCGAACGGUAUAACGGAACUAUUCGGAAUUAAUCGAAAUACCGGUGGCAUUUCGUUGGCUAAAUCAGCUGUAGCUUUUGAAAAUCAAGCAUUUCAAUUCUUUGUGCGAGCCACCGAUCGAGGAACUCCAGCCAUGUACGCUGAUGUAUCGGUUGAAGUGUACAUAAUGUCUCCUCGAGAUACACCUCCUGUAUUUGAACGAAACGACGAUAAGUUUUUCUUAUCCGAGGACGCGCCUAUCGGGAGUAUCAUCACUAAAAUGAAACUAGUCAAAGAUGUAAAAGUGAAAUUCAAAUUGGUCUCAUCUGCUAAUUUAUUCUCAAUCAGCAACGAAGGUCAGGUUCAGCUGAGCAAUCAGUUAGAUCGUGAAAAAUCCGCCCAUCAUGUGAUCGGCGUCCUCGCUUAUACCGAUUCUAGUCCUCCGCUGACGGCACUAUCAGAGAUAUCUUUGCAAGUCAUCGACAUGAAUGAUAAUUUACCUGUUUUUGAGAACGAAAUAUAUACGGUUUCUGUCGCCGAAAAUAUUCCAGAAGGGACCUCCAUUUUGAAAGUCCAUGCCAGUGAUAAAGACGAAGGAAAGAACGGCGAAGUUCGAUAUUCUCUAGAAAACUCCAACGUAUUUAGCAUUGAUCCGUUUUCCGGCUGGAUUACGAAUAUCGUUUCAUUAGAUAGAGAAAUUCAACCAGCGUAUGCUUUGAACAUCACAGCCAGUGAUAAUGGAAAUCCAGUAUUCAAGUCCACUGCCAGAGUUCUAAUGAAUUUAAUCGAUUCUAACGAUAAUCCGUCCUUAUUCACUCAAGCGACCUACGUGACUUCGGUAAAAGAAGACGCAUUGGCCGGCACCGUCAUAAUCAGAUUAGCUUUAAGUGACGCUGAUAGUGAAAUACCAAAAAAUAUAGCUUUCUACAUCACAUCUGGAAACCCCCUGGCACAAUUUGGUGUUCGAAAUACCGGCGAGAUUUUCGUACUAAAAUCUUUGGAUAGAGAAACGAUCGAUUUUUACGAACUUAACAUGGUUGCAACCGAUGGAAAAUUCGUCACUAGUUCUAAACUGGUGAUUAAUAUUGUGGACGUGAAUGAUGAGCAUCCCUAUUGCUUGAAAUACCGAUACCAUCGUACGAUAUCUGAAGCUGAACCUACAGGUGCAUCCGUGCUGGACAUAUUGGCUUCUGAUGCCGAUUUGGACCCAAAACUGAGAUUCUAUUUGACCGGACCGGGAGCAGAAUCAUUUAGUUUGGAUCGAACUGGAGGAGAAUUGAAAAUCGCCCGACUGUUGGACCGAGAGAAGCAAUCGAGAUACGAAUUAACAGCUCAUGUUCAAGAUGGAAACCGAACAGAGUGGGAGUGUAUAUCGCAAGUGGUUAUUACUGUGUUGGAUGUGAACGACAAUGCUCCUAGUUUCAUUACACAAAACAAUACACCUGCUAUUCCGGAAGAUGCCGAAAUUGGAACACUAGUCACAAAAGUACACGCUACAGAUGCAGAUAUAGGAAUAAACCGAAAAAUUCGUUAUAGUUUGAUGGAUUCGGCGAAGGGUCAUUUUUCUAUUUCACCGGAAGAUGGUAUAGUGACUUUAGCUAAGCCUUUGGAUCGCGAAACUAAAGAUUCUUAUAAUAUUUCGAUCAAAGCGGUCGAUCAAGGAAUACCACCCCUUUAUAAUGUCACUUCUUUAUUCAUAUUAAUCUUGGAUGUCAACGAUAAUCCGCCAGAAUUCUUGACUCGAACAUAUUACGCUUCGAUACCGGAAAGUUCAGGUGUAGGUACCGAAGUGGCGCGUGUUUUUGCUACAAGUUUGGAUACAGGAAUAAAUGCCGAAGUUAGAUACUCGAUCGUAGGUGGAAAUGAAUUUGAAAAAUUUGCCAUCGAUUCGGUGUCAGGUGUUAUCACACUAUCUCAGCUGUUAGAUUAUGAAAAGGUCAAAGACUAUCUUCUAACGGUACAAGCUACUGAUCAAGGAUUCCCUCCAUUAAGUAAUCAAGCAACAGUAAAUGUAACAGUAGCUGAUGCGAAUGAUAAUAUACCAACAUUUACCCAAAUGGCGUACACAUCUCGAGUAUCGGAAGAUGUUCCAGUUGGUGAUAUUGUGCUGAAGGUGACAGCAAAUGAUUUGGAUAGCGGUGCUAAUAGUAAAAUUAUUUAUUCGCUGGAACGUGGAGAUAGGCAUCAACAAUUCUCCGUUGAUCCCAAUACCGGACAUAUUAUUGUAGUCAGACCUUUGGAUAGAGAAAUGACUGCUUCGUAUAGCUUACAAGUGAAAGCCACCGAUGGUGGAACUCCGGAGAUGUCCAGUUACGCUUUAGUCAGCAUCGAAGUAACUGAUGUCAACGACAAUCCGCCCUUGUUCUUGUUGCCAAAUUAUACUUGCGUUGUUCAGGAGGAUAAAAUACCCGGCUGGCCAGUCUGCCAAUUGAACGUGAGCGAUGCUGACAUUUCACCUAACGGACCUCCUUUCACCUUCGAUAUCCUAUCAGGCGACGUCGACCGUUCAUUCCGGAUUGAUUCCGAUGGCACAGUAAAAACCACCUCAAGAUUGAAAUUUAGAGUUCAAGAAGUUCAUGAAAUGCUCGUUCGAGCUUACGAUAACGGAUUACCGCCUCUAUUCUCAGAAACAAAAUUGAUAAUCAAAGUGAUUGAAGAAUCGCAGUUCGCUCCUACGGUUCUGCCUCUGAAUAUUUGGGUGGGAUCUUUCCAAGAUCGAUGGAAUGGUGGUGAAUUGGGACACGUCCAUGCUUCGGAUCAAGAUCAAUAUGAUACACUACUCUAUUCGCUGGUCGAAUCGCAACAUAGUUUAUUCAAUAUCGACGAACGUACCGGUGUUUUGACUUCUGUAACGGGAUUGGAUACCGGAAAAUAUACUCUGAAUGUGUCUGUGACCGAUGGAAAGUACUCUAGUAGUGCUUUGGUGAAUGUUAAUGUUGAUUCGUUGGACGAAGAUAUGCUUAAUGAGGCUGUUGGUGUGAGGUUGCGUGGAAUUACACCUCAUCAAUUUAUUUUAAAUCAAGAAAAGAAGAUAUUAAAUUCAUUGAGACUGAUGUUACAUAAAGACGUACGAUUGAUAAGUAUCCAGGAAGCUCCGCAAGGACAUUUGGAUGUUUUAUUUUUGAUCAAAGGAGGUAUUGAAGUAACGGAUAUGCAUCAAGCGUUACAAGCAUCUGGUCUUACUACGGUUUCGUUUCCAUGCAAUUGUAUCAAAACUCAAGGAUUUUGUAAACAGAGAUUGACCUUUUUGCCAGACGAUGUGCAGAUUAUUGCUACAGAUGCAUUCAGUUUUGUUGCACCGGCUCAUACUCAACAGAUGUAUUGUUCUUGCAUUGCUGGUUAUUCCGGAACUCGUUGCGAGAAUAAAAUCCCAGCUGAAUGCUCCUGCCCUCCGGAAUACCAGUGCAUUCUCGACAACAAUAUUUCACUGGUUUAUAAAUGCGUCGCACCUCCUAUAGUGGCUACAUCUUGCGACAAAAAUGCCACUUGUCCACCCUUUGAUGCUUCUAGUCUAUAUGCAAUCAGCGUAGAACAAAUGAUCGGUAUCGGAAGUGCUCUGGUAUUCAUCGUAUUCCUCAUCUGCGUGAUAAUAUUAUGGAGACGAUGCCGAAGAACUCACACUCCAGUGCCUCAAGAAGACAAAAGUGUGGCGGUAUUAAAUUCCGAAUUCAAAAGGACAUCGAAAAUAAAUAAUUUAGAAGUAACCCAGCAUUCUUUGAGACCAGCUUCCUAUUCGGCCGCUACCAGUAAUAAUGACUUAUACGUUACCGCCACUCAGCUGAAUAAUUUAGAUACCUUAAGGAGUUACGGAUCAGCUGGCGAUGAAUUAGAAAACGUACCUGCCGAUUAUGUUAGAAAUUUGAACCGAGCACCGACUAAUCAUAAAAUUACCAAUGAUUUGAAAAAAUUACCAGACAUGAGAAAACAGAAAAUCUCCAGACAAACGCUUAGUUGUGUUGAAGAAGCUAAAUUAUUAGGAGGUUACCACUGGGAUUGUUCAGACUGGGUUCGACGUAGUCAGAAUCCUUUACCCAAUAUUACCGAAGUACCAGGUAGUGAAGUUCCUGAUUCAUCGAGUAGUCAAAGCGAUGAAAGUAACGAAUCGAAUAAUUUAAACAUUCCUGAUUUGGAAAAUUUGGAAGACGGUACAUUUAUGUCAUAUCGAAGCGAUGACGACGAUGUUAUUCCAUACGGUUUUCCACAUUCCGCCGGCUACCCAAGCCAAAGUGAUCUCUCGACGAACGUGUGCGAUAUCGAAGACACAGAUUUGCCAGCCAAUUGACGUCGCACACGGUGCUGCGAAUUUUUCAUUAUUUUAUUUCAACCUUUUGGCUCGUUCAAAAGGUGUCUAACGAGCUUUCCUUUUAGUUUAUAAGAAACCCACAACACAGAGGUAAGCAGAACUGUCAGUGUCGACUAUUUUGUUGGUGGUAUAUUUUUCUUUUUAUAAGAGCUUAAAAUUUGACAAUAAAUCAAAAGCGUUAGAUCAGGUUUACGAACGUUGAAAAUGUUUAGAAAAAAUUUAAAUUAUACAGUUCUGAUUACCUCUUGUAAUUUAUUUUUAUGUUUCCCGAGGAACGCAGCAGUAAAGUAGUAUUGAUGCAUUCGUUGAGGUGCUUAGUGUUGAUGUAUUUAUUUUUAUUUAUUUAUUUUUUCAAUUACCAGUGACAAUGUUUAAGUGUAUAGUUUUUAUACAAAAAUAACAAGAUUGAAAUUAUUUUUCGAAAGUGCUCAGUGUUGAAUUUCUCGAUCAUGCGUGCGAAUAAAAAAAAUGGUAAAUUAAGUAUCAAUAUUGUACAUAAAAUGUAAUUUUCGAAUUUAGGUUACCAUAAUUUUGAUGAUGAUACUUUGUGAUAUGUAAUUUUUUUAUAUUACAUAAAAAAAUCCAUUCCUAAACAUAAUACUACUUUGAUACUAUAACUCCUUUUUUUUAAAAGACUCCAUAUAACUAUUAUGUAAUAUUAACGAAGUAAAAAAAAAAAUCGAACAAAUUUUUUUAUUACCUACCUAUCGUGUCUGAGUAAGAAAUUUAAUUUAAACAAAUUUAGAGUAUAUAAGAUUGAAAGAAAAAGUUUAAAUUUUUCUGUUGGGUUUUUCUACUCGUAUCUACCUUAAGUAUCUAUUAUCUUUUUUUUCCCCUCUUGUUUUAUAAGACUGAAUAUGCUUUUUUCUUCGACGUAUGCAUUGUGUUGAUUUUCUACAUGCAAAUAAAAUUGCAUUUAAAUUAUAUAUAUAUCCUCGUGUAUUUAAACGUUCUACUGUGAAUUUUGACGUAGUCAACUUCCUUUGAGUUUUUUUGAAAAUCUUCAUUUUUCUAUGUAAUUUAUUGUUACGAUAUAUCAUUUGUAUUUAGAUAUUAAGAGCAAAAAAAUGUGAUAUUUAUUUUGUAACUCGUGUAUUUUUUUUUUCAUAUAUGAAUUUUUUUUGUUAUUAAUACCAAGUGUGUAAAAACGUUGAAUUAUUUUAAAGUUUCUAUUUUUUACGAAAUAUGCAUUUUUUUUUUGUAAUAAUUUGUAGUGAAUACAUGAAUUGUCUGAAUAAGUUG